AUGAACAACUAUCUUUGGAUUGGAACUCUCUUGUGUAUUGUUUCCAUUGUAAGUAACCAGAAUGUCACAGUAACCUACGUAGAGAAUGGCGUCAGUCUAUACAGAGGAAGUGGGUUGUCAAGUGGUUGCUACCUGAACCUGGGCUGCUUUCCUUACUGGUGUCUUGGCAACAUCUCCCUCUGCCAGGCUGGCUUUAGCUUAACUUUCUGGAUCAAAGCCUACAGUGAUGUCAGCCCUGACCUUGACCCUCAGGUGCUUUUGACUUCGGGAGGUCACAGAACCAAUAAUGAAGGUUUCUAUAUUGUGCGGCGAUACUCAGACCAGUACACGGUUGGAGUGACACUUGGAGACAAACAUUGGAAGACCACUGUCCGGCUUGCUUCCGGAACACCAGCACUGCUGGCCAUCUCAUGGGCUAGGUCUGAAGGCCUGGCACUCUACGUGGACGGCCUAUACCAGAGUGAAACGAAGGAAGGAGAAAACAGAACUGGAGUUAUUGUCCCUGACGGCAGCAGUGCGUGUGUUGUCUUGGGCCAGAGUGAAUACUACGACCAACUCACUGGACCCUGUACUUUGGAAGUGAGUGACAUCAUCCUGACCAACUCCAAGGAUACAGUUUAUGGUUUUGAAUCAGACAUAAAUGUGACACAAAGAUUAUAUUUGGGAUGCGCCGCCUUUAACGUGAACAGUCCAGCCAUCCUCACAGAUUCAGACAGAGCUGACCCUGGCAGUUUCUGUCGCCUCAGAUGUUCUCAACUCUCACAGGUGUACGCCCUGGUCAGCAAUGGUUCCAAAUGUGGCUGCACCAACAGCGUGGGUGCCACCAAUACGACGCAGUGCGACGGUAAAUGGUCAGUCUAUCUCGUCAGUCACGUCAAAGUGAGCCACAACUACCAGCUGACUCUCGAGUGGACACCUCAAAGCAAGCGCAACUACACAAAGCCCUUCGAGGAUAUCGUGUUUAACACCAGCGUCAACUACAACGUGAAAGUCGUGUACAAGUUCACCUUUGACGACGGCAUCAUUAUUACCACAUCCACCCCGCCAGUCAGUCACAGCUGGAUGACCCUAGGACAACACACGCUGACUGUCUCCGCGCAGAUUGGUGUGGUCAAGCUCAACGCUAGCGUAGUGGUGAAUGUCCAGGAUGUUGACGAAGGGCAGCCUCCCGAUCUAAUCGGCCUGACAGUGACGCACGGACAAUCCUCUUUCAAUGCCCAGUGCAACCUUACAGUUAUAGACUAUCUCAUUAGCAACUGCGUUCUGAGUUACGGGAACGGUAAGACCUCACCUACAUUCUAUUUGCAGGAGAAUGGUUCCUUCACAUUUCCUUCUCACACGUACGACAUGGCCGGACUCUACAGUAUCAGCGCCAAUUGUAUCAACGCUUACGGUCACAAAUCUGCGAUGGUUUCUUUUGUGUCACGAGAUCUCAGAACCCUUCACGAAUACGUAACUCCACUCAGAAACUAUUCAACUCUCCUCUUUGGAGAUCAAAGUUUUUUCAACCGCUUGGAAGUGAGCAUAAAUAAUGAGAAAGUGAGCUUCUUUCUGGCAGAUGCUAAAACUCUUCAAGUGAAUGCCGGAGAUAUGCACGACGCUUCUGAUAAUUUGAUUGAUGUCGUAUCAGAGGGAGUGCUAUUGCACAGGCAUAUUGUUUACGUCAGAAGUGUACUUGAUAAGCCUGUACUGAUUGCGGACAAAACUGCUGGAGCUUGGAAUCUAACGGUCAAGUUGACAGUGUUACUGAAUUCUGCUGAUCAUGUUUGGCUUACCAUCGACUACGGCACGAAGUUGGCAGGGUCGGUAAAGACCUUCUACGUGCCGGAAAUAACCGGCAUGCUCCGAGUGGAUGACACGAUGUUUUACGGAAACCUUGGAGAAUAUGUCAUCACGGUGACCGCAUCUAAUGAGGUGAGCAGUUCAAGAAGUCAGAUGGACAUCUCUGUCCAGAUUCCAGUCUUCGACAUCUCUGUUAGGACGCGCAACAUCACGUCACCCCAGCAGAACGCGGCGUUUGAGCUACGAGUAAACUCUGGUCAAGUCAUCGCCGAGGACAUCUUCAUCAACAUCGGCAUUAAAUACGGCGACGGGGCUGCGGACCAGUUCAUCUUCAAAAUGUCCGACAGGAACUACCUGGGAUCCCUGGUGGCCAAUCACACAUACGCUACCUGGGGGAUAUACCGUGUCAAGGUGAGCGCCAUGAACAACAUUAGCCAGGACGAGGACCAGACUUUGAUCCAGGUUGGGGAGAACAUCACAUUUGUGGACAUCACGGCAACCAGCGACCGAGUAACCGUGGGAGGAAAUCUAGAGGUGAGUGUGGUCUGCCCCACUGGGUCGAACGUGCAAUACAGGCUGGACUUCGGCGACGGCUCUGUGUUUACAUUCGGAGAGCUCAACACUUCCUACCAAGUUGUCAACAGCAGUAACGUGGUUACAAUAUCAGAAACAUCUGCGGUCGUGUCGCACGUGUAUUCGCGCGCAGGGUCGUACAAAGUCAAGGUCACUGUCAGCAAUGAGUUCGGCUUCAUGAGCGCUGACCUUUGCCCCGCGAUUGUCGUUUCUGAUAACACGAUGCAAACGUGUUCGACCCCGACAAUGACCUUUAGAAACAUUCAGACAUCUGCGGACAAGCCGCUUGUCAGGAAGCGAUCAGUGACCACUCUUAUACCCGUGGACGUAGUUUUUACCUGCAGUGGCAACAUUAAACCAAAUGUGACUUUUUCUUGGAAGGGCGUUGUCAUAGAGAACAUAGGCGUCGGCAAAGUGGUUGAGAGGUCCCUUUACACUUUCUGCAGCAGCAAACUUCUGGACAAUACACUUAAAAUUGACCCCCUAGCCUUGCAGUUUGGCCUAUACAAACUCACGGCCACGGUAUCACCCAUGGGCAAUGAUCUAAGCUACGCCUCUGACUCGGUGUAUAUCAAUAUUGUCCAAUCUGAGCCUGUCCCAAGCAUAGCGGGGGAUCCUGUCCAAACUAUCAUGCUGUAUGCCACUGCCAUCUUUGAUAUUUCCGGAAGCUAUGACCCAGAUCUUGAGACGGACACCCGAAGAGACUUGAGCUUCCAUCUUUUCUUCAUGUCAGAGUCUUUGCUGAAGGUAAACCAGAAGUUAUCUUUGAACUCAUUGGUUGCCCAGGCAGAACUUCUAGCCAAUAGAACCUUGUUUCGAAGCACUACAGCCAAUCGAUUCAGCCUCUACCAAAUCGGCUCAUGUUUCAACUCCACAUCGAGGCUCAACGACGACCUCUCCACCUUUCUCGGGAAAAUCACUUUUGCAGCCAACAACUUUGCUUCUAACCAGUUCUCAAUGGCGGUCAUGUUGUGGGUGGAGCGAAAUGGCCUCUCCGCCAUGACCUAUCAGAUAAUAGAAAUCCGCUCCAGCAAUGCAAGUUUGGAUGACCUUGGAUCUCUGUUGGAUCUGGCCAAGACUGCUGAUCCUGACACAGCCAUUCGGCUGCUAGGAGGGGCUGCUAGUGCUAUACUUAACCAGGACACAUCGUCUGCUGAAGCACAACAGAAACUUGCUGAGGUAAGUGGACCCAGUCAAUUGUUUCACGUUUAUAUCAGCUCACUCACUCUCUUUGGAAAUGAUAAGACGUCUGACGUCACUUAG